AUGGCUAAGAAAGGUGGCAAGACUCCACCUGCUUCGCAAGAAAAAUCAAAGAGCAAGAAAAAAGGCCAAAAUAAUGAGAAAAGUGAGUCUGAUCAGGAUAGAAGGGCCAAGCAACAGGCAAAUAGAGCCAAAGUCACUUCGACGUCUAGUUGGACUGGUAAACUCCCGCACACAUUACUUCAUGAGCAUUGUCAGAAAAGAAAGUGGAAUAAAGUCGAGUAUGAUAUGAAAAAAAUUGGUGACAAGGGCAUGCUUGCAUUUGCAAUACUUUCACACACAGAUCCCAAGACGAAAGAAAUCUUGACCAUAAGAAUGAAUGACCCUACUUUUGACAAGUCUUCUGGCAAGGGAUUACUAGUGCCUCAGGAAACCCCAAUUGAGGCUAGACACAUGGCAGCUACAGUUGCUUUGUAUCGAAUUGCAUUCAAUACCAAUCUACACAUGAUGUUGCCGCCAAACCAUAAGACACUUUGGUAUGAACUAGACGAUUUUAGGAAAAAAUUUGCCAAACAGAAUUCAUUUGCAUGUGAGAGGAUCUUCAAUGUCGAGCCCUUUCAACAAUUGUUGACAGAUAGAAAGGCCAAAGAGUUGCACGAUAAGGAGCAAGAGGCAAAACAACAACAGGCUGAGAAAGCUCACAAGGCGCCCAUUUUAAUCACAUCCACACCAAAUCCAAAAGUUGCUGUUAAAAAACCCUCAUCUCUGGAUAACCGGAUUAUAAAAUUCCCCAACAAAGUUUGGGAAAAUGCCACUUUCAUUGACUUGGAAGAGUCGUCGCGUUCUUUGAUUGAGAAAACUUUAAAGACCCAAAUUGAUUGGACCGCAAAGAAAUAUGUCGGACCUGUGACACAAGAACGAGAAUAUUUGGAGUCGAAAUUGCAAGCAUUUGGCUUUAGAAAGCCGCACGUGAUCGAGGCUAUGACAUAUGCCGAUCCAUUAUCGUUCUUGUUGUUUAAUCUACCCGAAGACGAUCUGCCAGAGUUUUUCCACAAGAGACUGGAAGACUCAAAGAUGAAAGUGGAAAUCGCAUCUUUACCCCUCCCUGUGAGAAAUGCACUUGCCAGGUUGAUGGAGAGCGGUGUGUCCUAUGAUGAAGCGUUGUAUGCAUUGCAAACUUCAAACAUGGACGAAAACGAGGCAGCAGGUUUUUUGACGGAAAAACUGUUGACCAAGACUCCAACCCAAUCAAGUCAGAUCACCACUCAGGAGUCACAAGAGAUUUGGCAACAAGAACUCGAGAGUUUGCAAAGCAUUUAUGGGGACGAUGUGAUUGAAAUUUUAAACGACGACAAAACCUGUUUUAGCAUGCAACUUUUGGAAAAUUACAAGCUCAAAUUGAAAGUUUACAAGACAAGCCAUUAUCCAGACACUAUCCCCGGCAUUAUCGUAUCUACAUUUGAUAAGAAUUACAAGUUACCAAAUUAUAUCAAAUUGGCAAUUGUCACUCGACUACUAGAACAUGUAGUGGAGUCUUCUCUACUGGGUGAUAUGUUGGUGUAUCACAUGUUUGAAUGGUUGCAAGAAAACAUUUCGAGCAUUAUAGAUAACCCGGGCCGUUUAUUACAAGUGGUUGAGGGCUCUAAUAAAACCGCUCAAACUAGAGAGGUUUCCAAAUCAAGGGGACGCAAUUACAAAAUCAAAACUUUGUCACCACAGGAGAUUGACAAGUUAAAGAGUGAUUAUUCAAAGAGGAGGCAGUCGAGUUCUUUCGAAAACAUGCAACAGCAAAGAUCGAAAUUGCCCGCUUGGAAAAUUCAAGAUAAAAUUGUAAAGAUGAUUAUGUCAAACGACGUGGUGCUCAUAACAGGUGAAACCGGUUCCGGUAAAUCCACUCAGGUGGUACAAUUUGUGUUGGACCAUUUAAUCGCAGUGCAAAAGGAUUUUGCGCAAACCAAGAUUAUAUGUACGCAACCGAGAAGAAUUUCCGCCAUUGGUCUUGCCGAACGUGUCUCUGACGAACGGUGCGUUGAGUGCGGCGACGAAGUUGGAUACGUUAUACGAGGGGUUAACAAGACGAGUGCUUUCACCAGAAUCAAGUUUAUGACUACCGGUGUCCUGGUGCGUAUCCUUCAAACUGCCAAAGAUUUUUUGCAAAACACAAUUGUGUUUAUCGACGAAGUUCAUGAGAGAUCCGUGGACACCGAUUUGAUUGUGAUUUUAUUGAAAAAUCUAAUGGGCCGUAUUCCAGGUUUAAAGAUUGUACUAAUGAGUGCCACUGUCAAUGUAGAUGUUUUCAAAAAAUUUUUUGGCCAUUUGGAAACUUGUCACAUUGAGGGGAGAACGUUCCCAAUUAAGGACUAUUUCUUGGAAGAGGUUUUGGAAAUUCUUGAUUUCAAGAUUAAACGGAAAAAAAUCAGUUACGAUGACGACGUGGAGGAAGACCCGUAUUUGAAACCCAGUGCGGACUCCAAGUUUUUCCGCAGUGGACAAUUGGAUUACGAUUUGAUAACAGGUUUGGUCAACCACGUUCACCAACGCUUGUUACACGAGGGUAAUGACGGGUCCAUCUUGAUCUUUCUACCCGGUGUGGGUGAAAUCUCCUCCUGUUGCAAAAAUUUGGCGAAAAUGGACGAAUUCACCGUGCUACCGCUUCACUCUGCUUUAACCCCCGAGGAUCAGAAAAAAGUGUUUCGGAAAUAUUCCAAGAGGAAAAUCGUGGUUUCCACAAACAUUGCAGAGACUUCUAUCACCAUCGAUGACUGUGUGGCCACGAUCGAUUCCGGGAGGGUGAAAAACGUUUUUUACAACCCAACCGAUAAUGUCACCAAAUUACAAGAAACGUUUGUCUCCCGGGCAGAGGCACAACAACGUAGAGGUCGUGCAGGUAGAGUGAGAGCCGGUUACUCUUUUAAAUUGUUUUCCAAAUCUCUUUACAACGAGAUGCAACCGCUUCCAACGCCAGAAAUCAAAAGAGUCGCACUCGAAUCCCUGUAUUUAUCUGUAAAGGCCAUGGGCAUCAAAAAUGUGAUUGAUUUCCUCGGUACGGGACUCGACCCACCACCUUUGAAAUUUUUACAAAAAUCUCAACAACUCUUGACAGCUGCGGGUCUUUUGGCAGAGUUUAACAACUCCCUAACAGAAUUGGGCAGAUUCAUCAGUCUCAUGCCCGUGAUGGAUUACAAGCACGGCAAACUCCUGAUUUACUCCAUCAUUUUCGGAUGCACCGAUUUGGGGGUCCUGAUUGUCUCCAUCUUGGGCGCAGGCGGGUCUCCCUUUAUAAUCACCAAUGACAAUCGAGACUCUGUGAAAAAAAUUUGCUCGUCGUACGGGGCAGGCGGAGACCUGUUGGCCAUGACACAUUUGAUACGUGCCUAUUUCAAUAUCCGUGACAACGGCGCUAAAAGGGCGUUUGUCAGGGACCAUCAUCUGUCGUUUAACAAAUUGAGAGACAUUGCCUCUUCCAAAUCUCAACUUUACUCCAUGUUGAAAGAUGUCGGGUUUCUUCCAAUCAAGUACACGCCCUGUGGCACAUAUUUGAACAGAAAUGCGGAAAAUUGGGAAAUCGUUCAAGCUAUUCUCACAGGUGCAUUCUACCCGCAAGUGGCGCGCGUCCAACAACCAGACCCCAAAUACGUGCACACCAGUUCGGGCAGCGUCGAAAGGGAAGCCGAGGCCAAGUUGACAAAACUGUGGUUGCGUAACGAGGAGUACAUUGACCGUGUUAAUGACAUGCACCCCGACUCGCGCGUGACAAACUCCGAAUUGCCCGCCACCAGGGCUUUUUUGCAUCCCUCGUCUAUCUUUUUUGACACUAGCAGGGACGAGGCGUUGCCGGUGUCCGAGAUGACACCGGACUCUAAACGCACAACUAAACGCACAGCGCAAUUGAGGGCCCCUUUUGUAGUUUACAAUUCCUCGCACGCCACUACGAAAUUGUACCUUAGGGACAUCACUCCAACGUCAACUCUUGCACUUUUACUCUUUGGUGGGCCCAUCAAGUACGAUUUGAACGCAGCUCGACACUCUCCGGGGAUAAUUGUGGAUAAUUGGUUGCCGAUUAGAACUUGGUGUAAGAACGGAGUGCUCAUCAAGGAACUGCGUAGUUGUCUGGACCAGGUUAUUCGGGAGAAGUUGGAGGAUCCUAGUUAUAUCUCGGAGAGUUUGGGUUGCCAUGGGGGGGAUGAUGUUUUGGGAGUGGUGGAGAGUUUGGUGAAGCAAGCGAGUGAGUGA